AUGGAGGCGGAGACCAUCCCGGGAGGAGGCGCGGCGUUCGCGAUCGCGCCCGCCGCCGCGACGAGCGCCGACGCCGGGGCCGCGGCGGCGGAGGCGAAAGAGUUCGCGGACGCCAUCGCGCGCGUCCCCGGGGCGAAACGCGCGAGCGACCUCGCGGACAGGGUCGUCGCGCUCGAGCGCGAGCUCGCGAGCGCGGUCGGCGGCGGCGGCGACAAGGACGCGGCGCUCGCGGCGGCGACGGCGACGCGGGACGCCGCGGUUCGAAAAGCGGACGACGCGACGACGCGCUCGAACAACGCGCAGGCGAGCGCGGACGAGGCGAUCGCGGCGCUCGCGCGCGCGGAGCGGCAGAAAGAUCUCUUAACGCGCGAGCGCGACUCCCUGCAGCGCGUCCUGAAGUCGUACGACAGCGAGGCGGCGACGAAGGGGGGCGGCGGCGGCGGCGGCGGCGGGUUUGGCGGGUUUGGCGGGUUCGGCGGCGGCGGCGGCGGCGGCGGCGACGCGAUGAAGACGCGCGUGAGCGAGCUCGAGAAGAGCCUCGAAGCGUCGCACGCGCGCGCGGGCGAGCUCGAGACCGAGCUCGCGCGCGUCACCGCGUCCGCCGCGACGGCGAGGGACGCGGCGGCGUCGAACGCCACCGCCGCGGACGACGCCGCCGCGUCGCGCGCGGAGCUCCAACGCGAGCGCGACUCCCUUCGCAAAGAAGUCGCCGCGCUCGAAUCUCGCGUCGGGCGCGGGGAGUACAACCCGGACGCCACGAAGAUCCUGCACUUCCGCUCCAACCCGAUGGCGAUCGCGAACGAGUCCGCGGCGGAGAGAGAGCUCCUCGUCGUCAGAGGCGAGUGCGAGGCGCUGAGAGAAACCGUCGCCGCGUUCGUCGCCGCGCAGGAGCAGACGCGUUCGGACGCGGCGGCGCACGCGGCGGCCCUCGCCGCAGCGCAGGGGCUCACGCCGCCGCCGGGCAUGCCCGCGUUCGACGGCGGGGGAAUUAACGGCCCGCCCGGGACGAUGCCGCGGUACGCGAUGCCGCCGCCGUUUCAAACCCCGGGCCCCCCGGGCCCGGGCCCGCCGCCGCUGAUGCCGCCGCCGUCCGUCGCGCAGACGCCGGCGCCGGCGCCCGCGCCGGGGAUGGGCCUGUUCACCGGCGCGACGCCGAUGACGGUCGCGCGCCCUCCGGGGUUCCCGACGUUCGCGCCGACGCCGGGGCCGUCCGUCGCGGAGGCGGACCUGGAGAAGCGCGAGCAACGGUACCUCGCAAUGUUCAAGCAAAAGAUUUCCACGUUUCGCGAGGCGUGCUACCUCAUCUUCGGAUACAAGGUGGACAUGGGCGAGGAUAAGGCGACCGGGUCGACGACGUUCACGCUGCGCAGUAAGUUCGCGGCGAACGACGAGGACGCCCUGACGUUCGCGCUCGAGCCCGGGAAGGUUGGCGCGACCGGAGGGGACGUCCCCGGGAGGGUGACGCUGUUGCCGACGCCGUACUCGGAGUCGGCGGAGGUGAAACUGGGGGUGGAGACGUUCGUGACGCGGUUUCGGAGCGUCCCGGGGUUCGUCGCGAACCUCACGAUGGAGCUGUUCAACCGGCAGACGACGGCGUAGCGCGCAUGUGAUAGCGUCGUCGCGACGACAGAAGGUACUUUGUACGCGCCGCGAAUAUCAUACGAACACGCGACG